AUGGAUUAAAAGCAUCAACGCUUGAGCGUAGAGCCGUACAGAGGGACUCAGCUCUCCUUCGAACCUGCUGACUUGGUGCUCCUCUUGUUUCCUUGAUCUACUAGGUCACACCGUGCUGCUUUCUUUGUUUCCUGAACAAGACCCAGCUUCAUCAUGUCCUUCCAAACUAGCUACAGCGCAAAAAGCAUGAGCUCAGGCUACAGCAGCAGUGGAAGCAUGCGCAGGAGCUUCUCUAGUCGCUCAGCAUUUGUUCCACAAGCCAGCUCUUCUCGUACAAUGUCGGUCCAGCGCUCUGCUGUUAUUGGUGGUGCCUCCGGGUCUGUCUACGGGUUCGGAGCUGGAAGCAGUUAUGGCUUUGGUCCUUCUUUCGCCAGUGGUGUCCCCAUCACAGCUGUCACUCUGAAUCAAAGCCUUCUUGCUCCUGUGAAACUGGACAUUGACCCCAACAUCCAGGCCAUCCGCACCCAGGAGAAGGAGCAAAUCAAGACCCUCAACAAUCGAUUUGCCUCCUUCAUCGACAAGGUGCGCUUCCUGGAACAGCAGAACAAAAUGCUGGAGACCAAGUGGAGUUUACUGCAGGAACAGACCACAACCAGGUCUAACAUCAGUGGUAUGUUCGAGGCCUACAUUGCCGCACUACGCAGGCAGCUUGACGGCUUGGGCAACGAGAAGGUCAAACUGGAGGGAGACCUGAAGAACAUGCAAAGCCUGGUGGAGGACUUCAAGCACAAGUAUGAAAAUGAAAUCCACAAGCGUUCUGAAGCAGAGAAUGAAUUUGUUGUCCUGAAGAAAGAUGUUGAUGCUGCCUAUAUGACCAAGACAGAACUGGAAGUCAAAGUUGACGUUCUGCAGGAUGAAAUCAACUUCCUCAGGGCCGUGUAUGAAGCGGAGCUUCUUGAGCUGCAGAGUCAGAUCAAGGACACCUCAGUGGUGGUGGAGAUUGACAACAGCCGCCAUCUGGACAUGGACAGUAUUGUGGCAGAAGUGCGUGCCCAAUAUGAGGAAAUUGCAAACCGCAGCAAAGCAGAAGCUGAGACAUGGUACAGGCAGAAGUAUGAGGAGCUGAAGACCUCAGCUGGGCAGUACAGUGAGGACCUUCACGUCACCAAGGCUAAAAUCGCCGAACUGAACCGCAUGAUCAGCCGCCUGCGGAAUGAGAUUGAAGGUGUGAAAGGACAGCGCUCAACCUUGGAGCUUCAGAUCACCACGGCAGAGCAGGAUGGGGAGAAAAACGUGAUGGAUGCCAAGCUCAAAAUCAAGAAGGUGGAGGAGGCCUUGCAGAAAGCCAAGCAGGACAUGGCUCACCAGGUGCGUCAGUACCAGGAUUUGAUGAACGUCAAGCUGGCCCUGGACAUCGAGAUUGCCACCUACAGGAAGCUGCUGGAAGGAGAGGAGUACAGGUUGUCUUCUGGUGGUGGACCUUCUACAGUCCAUGUGCUGUCUUCUAACAGCAGUGUGAACUCCCACGGUGGAUUCAGCUCCUCGAGCGGAUACGGCUACGGAGGCAGCCUUGUGGGAAGCUCAUCCGUCACAAAGUCCCAGACGGUCAGCUCAAGCCGCAAGGUCUACUGAAGAGGAGACACGCUCUUCUGUCCGUCUCUCAGAAACACUAACCAUUUUUUAAGAGAUACAUCAUACUUCUCUUUCUUCCCGAAGCAAAUUCUUCCUCCUGGGCGUCCAAGCAUAUUGGCCUGUAAGUUUCCUUUACAAAAAAGCAUAGGGUAAGAGGAUCUGCUGAGAUACCUCUUGAGCUGAUACAUUCAGUGAGUGGUAUAAUGACAAGAUCACAAUGUCCUGAGUCAGCAGAACAACAGCGCGUUUCACUUUGAGAGGUCUAACGUUCGCCCUGUUGCCAGUAAUCUUGAACAGCGAACACGGCCGAUUCUCUUUAUUUUGUGUCAAAUUAAAACUUACAUUUGGCUUUGCUUUUGUUUUCAUCGCCUCUAAAACAGCCUUCCCAACAACAAAAUCUAUCUGGUAAAUACUGACAAAAAAAAACAUAAUGAAUGUUAAAAAAAAAACAUCACUAAAGGAAAGUAUUCACUGCUGGGCUGUUUUUGGUAUCACAUGAUCAAGCAGAAGCUGAAGUAGUCAAAUUAUCAUUUUUCAGACGCCCAGCCUUUUACUUCUGUUUUCAUUCAUUUACAGGGGGUUACAAGUUCAUUGUGGUGUCUAUGAAAUGAUUUUAUACCUGGUUUUGUACUUUCUGAGAAGACAAAAGGCUGAUUCUGAACAGAUGUAGUCAGUUGUGCUUGUAACACCAAAAAUAUGAAUAAAUCUGAGUUAAACAUU